AUGUCGUGGAAUGCCAAGGAGGUUGCCGAAGCUAUAGCAAGUGAUGGGGCUGACAGCCUUCCGUCGCUGUUUGAUGCUCUACUACAAUGCUAUCAAGAUUUCGAAAAUGAAAAGCCCACGCCGGACCUCCAACUUCUAUACAAUCUCGAAUAUAUAAUUCUAAAAGCGGCAGUUUCAUUUCAGGGUCGUCUGUGGAGAAAAGUUCCUUCAUGGGAAUUAUAUUGGCCACCUAUGAAAGGUUUGUUGAAUCAAUUUGCCGACGACAUUCUUGAACGAUUCGUAUAUUUCGAGGAAUUUGCUCGGAUUUUUGACUUGGGAUUUCGUGCUCUGGGUGGUGAAAUGUAUAUCCUUGCAGAUGGUUGGGAUUGUUCCAUAAAGGAGGCGAAAGAGGCUGGAUAUGUACCUCCAGAUGUCAGUGAGAUCAUGCAGCUGCAACGGGUAGCAGAUGGUGUACAUGAGCGGUAUGGGCUUGAGAAGGUUGCUCGAUCGGUUGAUCUUUUGAAUGUGCGGGAAAAGCUCUGCAAAAGACUUGAGGAGGUGCACUGA